AAAUCAGUGUACGUGCAUAAACUGAAACCCCAACGAGACAUUUGGGUGAGUAGGGUUUAUCAUCAUUUAUUCAUUUCCCCUCAUUCGCCCUUGUAAGACGGCAACACCUCCAACAACCUUCAAAUUUCAACCCCCAAAAUUAUCUCCAAUUGGCCAUUUUAGAUUUUCUUCUUCCAUGUUUUGAUUCUCAUUCCGUCAUCUCCGGUUUCUGUAUCACCAAUGCAUCCAAACGACGGCGUCUCCUUCACCUCCUCUUCUCUGAAAAUCCCUCUCCCUUCUUCCAGCCCUUCUCUCUCACAAGCCCUAGCCUCUCAGCUCGCCAGAACCCGUCACUCGGUCUUCCAACUCAUUGACUCGCUAAGGAAUCGCUCAAAUUAUGUAAGAAAUCCCCUGAGUCGAUCGACUGAGUCUACUCAGUCCGAUUUAGGAAUUAGCUCCCUAUUCAGAAGCUCUCCCCUACUAUUCUCUUUGUCUCUGUCUCUAACUCGCUCCACGGACCCGACUCAGAACCACAACAUUGCUAAAUCGCCUCUGCUAUGUUCCGCCUCGUUGUCGCUGACUCAACCGGCCUCGACUGAUUCGACUCAGUCCGGGUCAGAAUUGCCUCAGAAGGGGCAGUCGGCGACGGCAGGUCGACACGAUGAAGAGAGGGUUCUGAUAAGCGAGGUUCUGGUAAGGAACAAAGAUGGAGAGGAGUUGGAGAUGAAGGACCUCGAAAUGGAAGCCCUCACCGCAUUGAAAGCUUGCCGAGCCAACUCAGCACUGACUGUCCGCGAGGUCCAGGAGGACGUGCACCGGAUUAUUGAUAGUGGCUACUUCUCGUCGUGUAUGCCUGUCGCUGUCGACACGCGGGACGGUAUCAGAUUGGUGUUUCAAGUAGAACCAAACCAGGAGUUUCAUGGAUUGGUCUGUGAAGGAGCCAAUGUUCUUCCAUCAAAGUUUCUCGAGGAUGCUUUUCGUGAUGGGCAUGGAAAAGUGGUAAAUCUCAAGCGUUUAGAUGAAGUAAUUAAUUCCAUCAAUGGAUGGUAUAUGGAGCGUGGUCUUUUUGGCUUGGUUUCAGGAGUUGAUAUUCUUUCUGGAGGUAUUAUAAGGUUACAAGUUGCAGAAGCAGAGGUCAAUAAUAUAUCCAUACGUUUCCUUGAUCGAAAGACUGGUGAACCAUGUAAAGGGAAGACAAAGCCUGAAACAAUACUUAGGCAACUCACAACCAAGAAGGGGCAGGUGUAUAGUAUGCUUCAAGGAAAACGAGAUGUGGAUACUGUGUCAACUAUGGGUCUUAUGGAAGAUGUCAGUAUCAUUCCCCAACCUGCUGGAGAUGCUGGCAAGGUUGAUUUGAUAAUGAACGUUGUUGAACGUCCAAGUGGAGGUUUUUCUGCUGGUGGUGGAAUAUCAAGUGGGAUUACAAGUGGCCCUCUCUCAGGACUUAUUGGAAGCUUUGCAUAUUCUCAUAGAAACCUUUUCGGAAGAAACCAAAAGCUUAAUAUUUCCUUGGAGAGGGGCCAAAUUGACUCCAUAUUCCGCAUUAACUACACAGACCCAUGGAUUGAAGGAGAUGAUAAGCGGACAUCUAGAACAAUAAUUGUCCAGAAUUCAAGAACCCCUGGGACACUUGUGCAUGGUAACCUACAUGACAAUAGCAGUCUGAGCAUUGGCCGUGUGACAGCUGGUGUAGAGUUUAGUCGACCAAUUAGGCCCAAAUGGAAUGGAACAGUUGGGCUUAUUUUUCAGCAUGCUGGUGCUCGUGAUGAAAAAGGAAAUCCAAUCAUUAAAGACUUCUAUGGCAGCCCCCUUACUGCAAGUGGUAAGCCUUAUGACGAUAUGUUGCUGGCUAAAUUUGAAAGUGUCUAUACUGGUUCUGGCGACCAAGGUUCCUCCAUGUUCGCGUUUAACAUGGAACAAGGACUUCCUGUCAUGCCUGAGUGGCUGUUUUUCAACAGAGUAAAUGCACGUGCCAGAAAAGGUGUUGAAAUUGGUCCUGCUCGCCUUCUUUUAAGUUUGUCUGGUGGGCAUGUGGUGGGUAAUUUUUCUCCUCAUGAAGCAUUUGCUAUCGGUGGAACAAACAGUGUGAGAGGUUAUGAAGAAGGUGCUGUAGGCUCUGGUCGAUCUUAUGUGGUUGGCUCUAGUGAAGUUUCUUUCCCAAUGGUGGGGCCUGUGGAAGGAGUUAUGUUUGCAGAUUAUGGACAUGAUCUAUGGUCAGGCCCCAACGUGCCUGGUGAUCCUGCAGGGGCAAGGUUUAAGCCUGGAAGUGGAUAUGGGUAUGGGUUUGGCAUCCGAGUGGAGUCACCAUUAGGGCCUUUGCGUCUUGAAUAUGCUUUUAAUGACAGGCAGGCGAAGAGGUUUCACUUUGGGGUUGGGCAUCGAAACUAAGAAGAGGUUGCCAAUUGGAAACCGCGGACACUUGUGCAUUGUAGCAGCCUUGGAUGCCAGUUACCGUACAUAAGUUGGCAAAAAAUUUUUGUUCCCCUUUAUUGUAAAUACUCGUCAUUGCUAGGGAGAUAGGCUUCUUGACAUGAUAGUAUCUUUAUUAUUACAGGAGAGUGCACAUUGAUAUCCCGCCGUUGAUGCAUAAUUAUCAAGGGCAUCCAGGUCUACCAUAUCUCCAUUUGUUGUGGCGUUGUCGCAGUUCACUUCCAUCUAUGCAUGUCAACAUCUCAUUGUUUUGAUCCUGCCAUGGGAUCAAUCCUGGGGUUGGCUUGAUAUGAAGACAUAGUUGGAGCUUAGUUGGCUGUGCAUACCAGUGAAAUUUUAGAUGAUUUUUAUUUUUUUUUUUAAGAAAGAGAUUUUGAAAGCAUAAAACUUUGCGCAUUACCGUUCUUGAGAGGUCUGAAGUUUCAAAAUUAGGUCUCCACGUGGAGUUAUAUUUUUCAUCUAUGAUUAGUUGCUAGUUAUUUUGGGGCAUACAAAUUACUUUUUAAACUCUUUUAGAAAAAAAAAUUAAAUGUUGGCCUUGUCUUUU